UUCUGCGACAGCACUGCCAGCCCAUAUCGAAGCGCAUCCUUUGUCUGUGCUUCGACUGUAUCGAUCGACCAUGUGACAACUUCAUUAUCAACUGAAAUUAUUGUUGUCGAUAGUUUGUUAAAAUACCAAAAUUAUUUUUAAACAAUGUGGGAACUCGUUCGUAUUUAAUGUAAUCAGUUUUUAUUCUGUAACAAUGUGGCCUGGCAGACUAGACUUGUCUCGUGAUGAGUGUAAAAAGUGUUUACGUUAUCUCGAAUUAGAAGCCUAUGGCAAUACGGUCUCAGUAUUGCGAGCGCAGGGCUCAUUUACCAGUGAAAAACAAAAGCUAUUGCAAGAGCUAGCGAAAGCUCUUCAUAUUUCAAAUGAAAGACAUCGUGCCGAGGUUCGUCGUGCUGUUAAUGAUGAGAAACUGACCAUUAUUGCGGAGCAAUUAAAUGGCCCGAAUACUGGUACAGAUUGGGCCAUCGAAGGUCGACGAAUGAUUCCCCUUUUGCCUAGGCUGAAAGCAGGAAACAUUUUCACCACCUUAGCCAACAGUUUGUCACUUGCAACUUCCGUUGCCAAUGCUAAAAAGGGGGUAACAUCUCAACAAGAGACACCAGAUAUAAAAGUCAAAUUACAGACAGAUUUUGUCUUAGAGAAUUUAGAAGAGAAGAAAUCACCCGUUAGUCCCAUUGCCGUACAGCCAGAAAGGCAUCCUGUAGGUAGAAAACGAAGGAGAUCAGCAGUUGAGCUCCAAGAUGUCUCUGGUGGUUUGAAUACAUCUGAUGACACUGGUAAAAUUGUGAGAGAUGUUGUUACAUCUGUUUCUUGCAUAGGAUCAGAAUCAUUGUCUUCAGUAUCAACUUCGUUACAUAAUAAGGUGUUUAUAGUACCCACAAGCGCAACUGUGGCUAUGUCAAAAAACGUCAUUAUCGAUGACGUUGAGGUAAAUGCUGCUAAUUCAUCAUGCUCAACAAGCACAACAUCCCAACAAAAUAUUUCUGUUCAUCCUAGUGGAAGUAAUUGCAGCAGAUUAAAUUUAACAGAUGUACCCGCUGUGUCCCCUCUCGUCAACCACACGCGACACUACUACUGCCACACUGGCUACACUACGGAAAUAUCUGAGGCUCUGUGCCGGGGACCUGACCGUUGGAAACCUGAAAUUCGGAAGACGCCAUCUGUUGUUCCAUCUAAGAGCAUCAUAACUCCAAUUGCGUCGUGCUCUCAAACACUGCUUCAAACUGGGCAGUCACUUUCCAAGUUUGUAUCUGGAUACGUGACUGUUACUGCAGCUAGCAAAGCACGAGUAAAAGCUAUACCGACGCAAAUGGUGCAGCCCAAAACGACACCGUUGGUAAUAUCUACUUGCGGUUCUCAAGGUGCCAAUGCAAACAUCAAACAGUCAGAAGUUUCUGAUAUUCAAACGAGCAACGAAGGUGCGAAAUUAGUGCAGUUAACGAAUUGUGUACAAAAUGCAGUCAUAAUUAGCAGUAGUACAACUUCCGCGUGUGUGCAAGCGGUAAUGACUACCACAAACUCAAGUACAAGAUCCGCUAUUGGAGUAAAGCCGAUAACAUUACAAAACGGACCUCGAAUGGUAACUCUGAAUACUGAAGUAGCAUCGAGCGGACCUGGUCCUCCUCAUAACGGUGGUAGCACAACAGUAUUAACAUGUAAAAAUAUUCCAACUGUGAAAACUGGCCACCGGCCAGUCAAUAUGGGUAUCACAUUGAAUUCUAGCAAAAGUGUAAAUAUAACAUCUGAUAUUGGCUCAAGGGCGGGUGCCAAAGCUAAUGUAAUCGUUGUGCAAAAAGGUUCUGCAAGAGGUGUAACAUUAUCCCAUGCUGGAAAGGAAGUAUUAGGCAAAGUUAUUGUCGGUGGAAAAAAUUUGUGUUUAUCAAAUCCGCAGUCAGCUGGUACAAUAGCUUUGCUGCCACAUAGAAUUACCGUUGGUGAGGAACAAUCUUUAGCCGUGUUGUCCCCAUUGAAUUCUUCUCAACCAGAACCAGUCAAAAUCAACGCAAAGGCCGGAAACAUGAUUGUGUUUGAUCUGCGACAGGAUUCUAUGAAGAAGAAUAAAGUCCUUUCCGAGAUUCUUGAAGCUUCUGGCAUUUUUAGUUCAGAAUCAAAGACUGCUAUUUUAAAUACUAAUUCCCAUUUGUCGAUAAAAGAACAAAACAAAGAUGCUCAAACUCCUACUUGCCCUAUUAGCAAAUCAUCAUAUGUGAAGAGUGGUGCCACCAUUAGUUUCGUAAUGGAUUCGAAAGAACAUAGGAAAAACAAAGAAACUAUAGAUAGUAUAAAUUUUGAUAAAACAGAAGUUCCUGAUGAAUCUAAGAAAAGCAACAUUUCGGUAGAAACACUCGGAAAUUUAGACUGCGCUAGUGAAAUACAAGGAACACUAGAUCCUCAAACUGGUGUCUACAGCUUUGAAACAUCAGAAAAUGCAAUAAACAAUAUUCAGACAGGAGAAUCCAUAUCGAAUUCUGGGAUAGACAUAUUCAGCACAGCAUUGGGUUCGGCAGAUAUAAAUCUGGAAAGUUUCGAGUACAUUGAUGAAAACGACAGUAAUAACUUAUUGGAUGAUGCCGGGAGUCAGAUUCUAGCUAUAGAUCAUCUAACACACCUGUAUGACAGCCAGCAAUCGAUCAGUGAUAAAUCAAAUAGUUAAUAUUGGAGUGUGAACGUAAAGUUUAGUUUUUUAGCUAUCACAAUUGGAUUAUGAAAAUACUAAUAUAUAUUUUAUAUAUAGGUCUGAUAAGUUUUAUAAGUUUCCCGGCAUAAUAAUGAUAUUAUUGUUUGAUAUUUAUACGAACCUUAAUUAAUAAAAAACACUAUUACUUUGAAUA